CUUCUGCUCCUACCUCUUCGUCCUCUUCUUUCUUCUUGGUAAGUUUGCAAAUCCUUCCUAUUUCCAGCUGUUGAAACAUUAUGUUUGAGAAUUAAGAUUACCUCUAGGAGUCAAGCCCACAGCAAACUUAUUAAACAGCCCGAAUGUUAAAGCAGUUGAAUAUGAUUAUUUCUAUUUUAGCACACUCUUUAUUCUCUUCUUCUAGAAAGUGUACUUCUAUAAUGGACUCAAUGAAGCUGCAUCUGAUGUUCCUUCAAUUAUAUCUAUAUUUGAAAUGCCGUAGCUGGCGAUGUCACAAUGGAUGAGAAGCGGGUGCAGCAGACCCACAGAGCAAUUCAGAUCUUUCACAACGUAUUUCUUUGUGUCUUCUUACAAUAGAUUCAUCUCUGACUAGUUGUCCUUUUUGGCGAACAGCAUUUUCACUAAUAGAACACUCUCUUUAAACCUUGCCAACUGCAAGGAUUAAAUUAUUUUGGGGUUGUUCUAAGUUGAGAAAAAUGAGCAGUUUUGCAUUUUCACGAGGCGGCGUUUUUAGAACCUAAAGUUUAAAGGAAGUUGAUUGGAAAAAAGGUCAAAAUGUGCUGGUCAUGAAAGUGAAAUGUCGCCGUUAUUUUCUGCUAUAACCUUCUGGCAUUUGGAAUUUCCCAGAAUCCUUGUCCCAGGUCAGCACUGGGUGGAGCUGCUUUUUAUUAUUCCGGGAAUUUCCUUGGCUAAUAUUCUCGGGCAGGGCACGCUGGAACCCGGGACCUCGCAUCUCUCUGAUCCACCCAUUCUGAGCCUGCAGUUCCAGCUUGUUCCGCCGCGGGUCUCUGUGAAGCUGACGCCCCACGGCGGCGUCCGAUCGCCCAGGCAACCACUGAUGGAGACAAGGUGCAGGUCGGCCACAAGUUUUCUUUCUGAGAAGCAAGACCUGUAUCAGAUGGAGCGCACGCGUCGGUCCACUCAACACGUGCGGUCCAAAGUCCGCCUUCGCGAAGCCGGGAUGCACGACGGUCCCUGGGGGCAGGCACCACUGGGUGGGACCUGAGGGCCAGGAAGGAUCCGGGCUCAGCACUCCACAGGCUCGGACGAAGAAAAGCUAGGGGCUGCAAGACCACCUCCCCGUCGCCGCCAAGCUGGAGCUGGAAGCGGAGUUCCGUGGGGCCGGGGCCCAGGCUGCUGCUCGGCGGCUCCUCCAGGCCGCGGCCCCGGAACCUGAGCCGGAGGCGGUGACGGUGCCCCGGACAGGGAGUGCGCUGCGCUGGUUCACCACAGCGGUCCUGUAUGCCGCCUUCCUGGGGAUGGUUGGGGUUUGAACCUAUGGCCUACUGCAUGCUAGCACAUGUUCUACCAACUGAGCAACACCCCCAGCUGCUUGGCCACCUUUUAAAUUACUUUUUCUGUAGCAGUGAAAUGAAGGGAAAUUUAAGCACAGAAUUCAGUUUCAUACACAAGCGCCCAGCAUGGACAAGAAAGACAUCUAAAGCUAAAUUUUGUUCCUCUACAUGUUUUUGUUGAACAUAAAUAUUUUCACCCAUCUGUCAAAGAGCUGCUUCUACCCUUCUGAACCUCUAAGAGAUGGGGUUGUAUACAAGGUCCAAAUUUCCACCUAACUAGCCUGUUCACUUCAGAUUUCAUACAAGUGGCACCCUUAGGCUGCCAGGAGGGAACACCUGGGACUCUUACUAGGAAUUUAAUUUAUCUUUAUCUACUUCAAGGGAUUGAUUGCUGCUGUACUGGGACCCACCUUUCAAGAUUUGGCAAGGAAUGUGAACCAAGAUAUGAGUAGUCUUUCUCAAAUAUUUGUGGGUCGUGCUUUGGGAUAUUUGGGUGGCUGUGCAAUUGGCGGAAUUCUCUUUGACCGUAUGAACCACUUUUUACUUUUGGGGGUGUCAAUGUUGGCUACCACAGUUGUUCAUUACCUCAUUCCUCUUAGCAAGAGAGCAGUAUUACUGAUUGUUAUGAUGUCUAUCACUGGUGUUGGAACUGGUGUUUUGGAUACAGGUGGAAAUGUCCUUAUCUUGGCUCUAUGGGGACACAAAGGAGCCCCACAUAUGCAGGCCCUGCACUUCAGUUUUGCCUUGGGUGCCUUUUUGGCUCCUCUUCUGGCAAAAUUGGCCUUGGGAACAACACUGUCCACGGAAAACCACACAGAGCCUGACCUUCAUCCUCCAGCCCUCAACCAAUCACCUGAAGCAAACCCAGGCCCUCUGUUUGCAGCACCUGAUGACUUGAACCUACUGUGGACUUAUGCUUCUGUUGGCAUGUACAUUUUUGUAGUUUCUGUCUUCCUAUUUGCUCUGUUUUUCAAGAAAACCUCAAAGCAUGAAAACCCAACAGUAUCUGCUCAGGUAUCUCGAAGAGCUAAAUAUCACAAGGCCCUGCUCUGUCUCCUUUUUAUGUUCUUCUUUUUUUAUGUUGGAGCUGAGGUAACCUACAGCUCUUACAUUUUCUCAUUUGCAACCACCCAUGUUGGCAUGGAAGAAAGUGAAGCAGCUGGGUUGAACUCCAUCUUCUGGGGGACCUUUGCAGCCUGCAGGGGCCUAGCAAUCUUCUUUGCUACAUGUUUACAGCCUGGAACCAUGAUUGUGUUGAGCAACAUUGGCAGCCUGGUCUCAUCUUUAUUUCUGGUGCUUUUUGACAAGAGCCCACUUUGUCUCUGGAUAGCAACUUCAGUGUAUGGGGCCUCAAUGGCCACCACCUUUCCCAGUGGCGUUUCUUGGGUUGAGCAGUAUACAAGCAUAAAUGGAAUUUCUGCAGCAUUUAUUCUAAUUGGUGCUUCCUUGGGACUAAUGGCUAUUCCUGUAGGAGCAGGAAAUCUUCAAGGACGAUACCCAGAUUUGCCGGUAAUUCUGUACACCUGUUUAGGGUCAACAAUACUCACUGCUGCAUUAUUCCCUGUGAUGUAUAAAUUAGCUACCUUUUCUGUCUGUCACCAGGGAAAGGAAAACAUCAAGAGUAAGAACUGGAAAGCUUUGCGUUCUUGUUCAGGACUAGGAAGAAGGAAAUGAGGCAAAAAAAAGUAGAAGAAUGCAAUGAGAUGGCUUUUGAAGUGAUUAAAGGAGUGAUACAGUAUGGCAUGCUAUAAUGUGUAAACAUCUAGACAUAGUUUAAUGGAGGCCAUACUUGAAGUCUCCAACUAAUUCCUCUCAACUGCAAUAAUGUUUGACCCUUCUCCAGUUAAUAUUGGGAUUUUCCUGUGAAGUACUUUGUCAGAAACCAGGAGAAAAGGGACUAAUACUUAGAGAAGAUGGAUUACUUACUGAUUUUCUUGAAGAAUCGCCACUUCUAAAGAGGCCAGGAAGAGCAGAGUAGCAGAUUUUCAGCAUGUUUUGCAGACCUAAGUUUCUAGGUCCAUCUAUAGCAAGUGUUAAAAAGUUUUAAAGUUUUCUCUCAUUCCCACAGUCUUCCAUAAACUACCAAGUGGUCAUACACUAGGAUCUUGCAUGAGACUAGUGUUUGACAUGGGGCUGAUUAUAUAAUAUUUUAUGGUCUCUACCUUUUAGCACAUACAGAGAAAUCAUUUGAGUUUAAGUGGUAGCUAAAGAGCAAAACUAAAGAGGAAUAGAAUGAAUUUGCUAAGCAAAUUAUGAGACAUCCAUAAACUGCCUGGAAAGUUGAAUUUAGUUUCAUAAAAGAGCAUCCUUUGAAAUAGAUGUUUUGAUUAAUUGAUUUACCUUCUCUGUAGGGUUGGACAAAAGAAUAGUAAUGAUCAAUUUGAUUUUCAAUGCCUAUGAAAAGAACCCAACAAACUGGGUUUCCAGCCAUGACUGUCUUCUGGCUCUACACUGAAACACUUUAUGUAGGCCUCAUUUAUCUCAUCUCCUGGUCUGUGAUAUUAGAAGUGAAAAUGAGAUGAUUUCCAAAUUGAAAAUCCAUGUAUUAUAGUUGUUUGAGAUAUGUCUUAGAAAUCAGUGUAAUUGCCAGCCUGUUCUUCCUUUCAACUGAGAAGUGGAAAAAAAAGAAGCUUUAAGAAUAUGCUAUUAAUUAUGAAUAUGUGCCAAUUUCAUGUGCUUAAUGUUUAAUAUUUUAUUUGUAGUUUUGUGAAUAAAUUUUAAUGCAGUAUUUCAUCACUGCAAUAUAAACCUUUCCUCCACACUUUUAACUACUUGGAAAUCAAGAUGUCUUACAAUAAAUAAAUGAUCAUAUAACAGUGUAACAAAAUCAAUAUUUUCUGUAUGCAAAUAUAAAAUAAUGUUGCAUUUUACUGUGUCUUAGACUCAGUAAUGAAGAUUAUACUUUUUCAGGCUUUUUAAGAAAAAGUUAUAUUUAGAUGAUAAUUUUCUCUGUACUAAUAUUCAAAUAUGAUCUGUUAACACUGUAUUCUAAUUUUGGAUGCUUUAACAGAGUUACUACAUAAAUAUUGAACCUAUAAAGAUAAUUUUUGAGGCCCUGGACUAUGCAAAAAAUUGGGACUGGGUGUUCCUCUUUCAAGCUUUGAUCUCACUGAUUUUGAGUGGUAAUCAUCAUAAGCACUUUAAACCAGUCAAAAAGUUCAAUUUACAACAGGGCAUAGUCUUUUUGAAAGAUUAGAAUGUGUGUAUCACCUAUCAUGUAGGGCUCUUCUUCCUGAGUUUGAAAUACCUGGAAAACCAAAGUAAGGAUGAGAAGGGGAGGUUGGUGGCCUAGGAAUCAGGGAUGACAAACAGUACUUCAUCUGUAUAUGGCAAAUCUAGUGUGGCCAUCCUUUGAUAAAUGCCUAGAACUAAUGACAGAUUUUGUUUACUUCUUUACAAGUUUUAUGCUGAAUGACAUCUAAUUUAUACCUUAUUAUAUUAUGUUUGAAAAUCUAAUUUCUAUAAAUUUUCCUUUAAGAAAAAUGCUUUGGCAUGUCCUAGGUGAAAUACAGCAUAUUUCUUGACCACUGCCCAUUCUCCCUAUAUAUGCCCCUCACAACAUUUGUUCAUGUUAAUAACCCAACAACUUUGAAGUGGGUUGGUAGGGAAAUUGAUAGUAAAAAGCUUCUUGGUUUUUUGGGGGGUUUUUGUGGGGUUUUUUUGGUUACCGGGGAUUGAACUCGUCCUUGUGGACGAACUGGGUCCUUGUGCUUGUGGGGCAGGUGGUGGAACCACUGAGCUAAACCCCUGACCCACCUCUUGCUCUUUUUAUACUGUACUUUCCCCUUAGCUUAAGCUUAGAAAAUACCUCUACUCUAUUUCUUGCUUUUCUUCAGGCUGCUGGGCCUUAGGCAGCAGUAGCUAAUUUGGCCUCUUGGGAGGCUUGUUAUAAGAGGGAAUCUGCUAUCAGUAUCUGCUUUUUAGAAGGUACAAGAUGGAGUAGAGGGAGAGAAUAAUGGUAAUAAGAAUAUGACACAACAUUUGGAAAUCCACAAUGGAAUUUACUAGGGUUCCACAAUCCAAAAUGUGAAUGGCCAUUUUAUUAGCCAGCACUAUAUUACUAUAACAAAUACCUGAGAUCAUUCAAUCAUAAAGAGAAAAGUUUAUUUGGCCUCACAGUUUUGGAAUUUCUAGUCCACAACUGCUUGGCUUCAUUGCUUUCAGGCCUGUGGCAGUGCACUACAUCAUGACAGCAGAAAUUGAUAGAAUAAAACCAUUUGCUGUAUGUGUGGCCCUUGGAUUCUUUUUACCAGUGUUAAUAACAUCAUCUUCCCAUCCAAAAGUUUACAUAUGCUCUGUAUCUGGUCAACCUACCAAUUUUAAAUGUCUCUCUGUUCUAUUCCUGUUUCCUUUCUGUAAAUAUUGCUAAAACCAGUUAGUAAAACCCACACUACUUCCUGAAUGCUUUGCUGCCUUGAAACCUCCUCCACCAAGUAAAUUAGCCCAUCUCAAAGCUCAAACUCCACAAAGUCUCGGAGACUAGACACAGUGCUGCCAUCUUUUCCCCCAUGGUGUAUCAAAGAUGUCCUUCAGCCCAAUUCCCAGGAGGCUCCUCAUUUCCAUCUGAAAUCUCAUAAGCUCUGCCUUUACCAUCCACAUUCCUAUUAGCAUUCUGGUCUUCUGAGCCCUCCCUAGAAUCACCCAGUAAGCUGUGCUUACAGCAUUCUAGAAUUUCUCUCCUAAAAAAUUCCUCCACAUCAUCAGCUAUAGUAACAGCAAAGGGCUGGGGAGUUAGCUCAGUAAUAGGAUGCUUGCCUAGUAAUAGCAAAGACUUAACCUCUUGGUAUGAAUUUUCUGUAUUAAACAGUUUCCAUUAUAUAGCAAAUACCUGAAAUCAUUUAUAAAAAGAAAAAGUGUAUGUUGGCUCACAAUUUUGGUGGUUCCAUCCAUGGUCAAUCCAAAUGUCUAUGAUGCUUUUGGGCUUCUGAGGGGGCCACACAUGAUGCGGGGAGUACAUGGCAAAAGAAAGCCAUUCAUUUCAUGCCAAGAAGCAAAAGAAAAUGAGAAGGGAGCAGGGUUUCCUCAAUCCCCUCCUACCCCAAUUACCUAAAAGACCUUCCAGUAGGCCAUCUCUCACAGGUUCCAAGACCUAGCAAUAGCACCACUCUGGGACCAAGCCUUUAACUUAUGCAUUGGGAAGACAUAAAAAUUCAAACUGUAGCAGCCAUAUGUGAUCAUAGGCAUCUGAAAGCUUGAA